AUGAAGCCCUCCGAGAUGCUAUUGGAGCAAGCCUCCCCGCCACAGUCGGCCGAAAGCGCGGCCACCGAGGAAGGCCUUUGUGCGGAAGGUCAGUGGCAGGAGUCGCUGAGAUUGACGCAGGAUUCGCUGCGCAUCACGAAGUCCAGCAGGUCGAGUGCCAAUCCGACUCCACGUGACCGAUUCACGCCUGUCUUGAACCAGUGGAUCCCGCGCGCCUCGGAUCAGGCGCGACUCCAGAACCUCGCGAAGCCGUCGGGGCAAAAGAAAGCAAAGCUGAGACUCGAGGAGUCGAUCUUCGACAUCGGCACCGUGCAUCCGCUGAGGAACCACGACAAGGAUCGCCUUGUGGAGUUGGCCACACCGAAGCAGGAGCGAAAGCCAGACCCGCCCCCUCUCGUCUCCCCCCGGCGCCGACUGAACUUGGAUCGGCUCUCCACGCUGGCGGAGCCUCAGAUCCGCCGUCGACCCGACAAGUCGUCUUCGCUCCUGGCCAGGCCGAAUGUGGCAGCGUUCAAAGUGUGA